CGCCGUCCUCCUUCUCGUCUGCUCGUCGUCGGCUCGUCACCACCGUCGCUGUCUUGCCUCUAUCUCUUCAACGUUCGGUUACAAAGAAUUUUACACUUCCUUCUAAAAGGAUCUUCAGAGGGGAACUGGGUUGUUGAUAACCAAACAUGCAUAUAAUCUGGAAACUUUUGACGACACUCUAUUGACAGCCACAGAGAAGAGGCAGAAAAGGAACAGGAGAACAAUAGCAGAUGUCACUGUCAUUGGCUGAAGUUCGUUUUACGUUCGUACAGAUAUGUCUAUGUUCUGACGUAAGUAUAUGAGAUUUUUCUGUUUGAGGUCACGGUUUGGAUACCCCCGGCAGUAAUCUGGACAAUGGUUUGUAAAUUAUCAACAAGGCUGAUGAAUAUAUGUGUAGUUUCCUUUUGUAAAGUCCAACAGUUGGAGAAAGCUGAAGCCGUUAUUGUUGAUGCUAUAAGGUUAGGAACACUACCGGAUGUUGUUACUUACAACACAUUGGUUGCUGCAUAUUGUCGUUUUGUUGACUUUGAUGCAGGCUGUUCAGUCCUACAUAGGAUGAGAGAGGCAGACAUAUAUCCAGAUGUAGUUACAUAUAAUUCUUUGAUAGCUGGCGCUUCGAACCAUUGCUUACUUUCGAGAUGUUUGGAUCUGUUUGAUGAAAUGAUUAAGAUGGGAAUUCCACCUGAUAUUUGGAGUUACAAUACUCUAAUGCAUUGCUUUUUUAGAUUAGGAAAGCCUGAGGAGGCCAACAAAGUUUUCCAGGAUAUUGUUAUGAGCAAACUUUCUCCUUGUUCAACCACAUUCAAUACUAUGCUCAAUGGUCUCUGCAAGAAUGGGUAUACAGCUAACGCGUUGAUGUUAUUCCGGAGUUUGCAGCGGCAUGGAUUCAUUCCUCAAUUAUUAACAUACAACAUAUUGAUAGACGGGCUUUGCAAAUCAGGCUGGUUGCGUGCAGCAAGAACGGUCCUCAAGGAGCUUGGGCAAUCAGGCCUUGCGCCUAAUGCCAGUACUUACACAACAGUGAUGAAAUAUUGUUUCCGAGCAAGAAAAUUCCAAGAAGGAAUUGAAGUCUUCCAUGAGAUGAAAGAUAAAGGAUAUACGUAUGAUGCGUUCGCAUACUGCACCGUCAGCAGUGCUUUUGCUAAAACUGGUAGACUAGAAGAAGCACAUAGAUGUUUUGAUUUGAUGGUUGAAAAGGGCAUUGAACUUGAUAUUGUGUCCUACAAUAUCUUGGUUAAUAUGUAUUGCUUAGAAGGUCGGUUGGAAGAAGUCUAUGACUUGUUGUAUGAGAUCGAAGAAGCAGGGUUAAAAUGUGAUCAAUAUACACAUACUACACUAAUUGACGGGCUCUGCAGAGCAGGUAACAUCGAUGGUGCACUAAAACAUCUGAAAUAUAUGGAUAUGUUGGGUUUUGAUUCUAAUUUAGUUGCAUACAAUUGCAUGGUUGAUCGGUUAUGUAAAGCUGGUUACACUAAUAAUGCUUUGAAGAUUUUUGAGACAAUGGAGGUUAAAGACUGUAUUACCUACACCUCCUUGGUGCAUAACCUCUGCAAGGAAAGGAGAUUUUUGCAUGCAUCGAAGCUUUUGUUAGCUUGUUUAAAUCAGGGAAUGAAGGUGCCUAGACCUACCCAAAGGGUUGUUGUCAAAGGUCUUCAUAGGUCAGGUUUAUACUCAGAAGCAAGGAUGCUUCAAUCGAAAAUACGAGUGGCUAAAUUCUGCACUAAUUAAAGGAUCAGUUGUUGAAAAGGGAACAUUACAGAACCAUGUUUAUCAUUUUAGCAAAUACUUCUGCGCAAAAGAAUCCCAAUGGCUUUGCAGGGAACGCCUAAUGUUCAGAUGUGUUCACACCUUACAGGGGUUCUUUUUCUGUGAGAUCUGCAGAAAUUGAUGAAGGGGUCUCUAUGCUUUUUGAUUGUGGUACAACUACUGUAUUUAGGACGCCUGCUUCAUGAUGUCAUCCAAUAUGGUUCUUAUGAACACAUAAUCUUGUUGGUUUGGAUGCCGUUAGCUCCAUCUGCUACUCAACUUGGAACGAAGCUAUAAUGGUGAAGUUAGGUAACGCUACAUUUAUUCAAUCAUUAUAAUUUGUCAUUAUUGACCGACUUUUUGAAUUUUUGUAAUUGGCCUUUCAUAGCAAACUUCCCAUUCUUGUGAAAAUGCUAAGAAAUAAAUCCAGAGAUUCGCUUGAUACAUAGGCAAAUAGGCAUAGCUUAAAAAAGUUUUUAACUAAUCAAAUACCUAAAAGUACCAACAGAAUCAACCCGAGAUAUUUUGUAAUAAUUGCCAAGGGGUAAAUUGGUAAAUGUGGAUUGGAAUCCUUCCUGAAAAGAAAAUUUGCAUUUUAUUGGGACAACCCAGAAGAGAAUGUGUUGAUGUAAAUGCGAGAAUGAGUGAAUUUGGACAUAGUAUGAAAAUGUAAAUGCAAAACAACCAUCAUAUUUGAUGGCUUUUGUUCAAAAUUGUUCUUUCUGACGAACUGUUAUAUUCUCGUAUUUUUGCAAGUAUGAUGGUUUGUUUGAAAUGAACAUCCAAGUAUGAUAUCAAAAAAGUGAAUGACUGCCUUUUUAAGUAUCCAGAAUUGCAUGUGUUUACAUUCGCAGAAACAGCAAGUUGUUGACUUGUUCUCUUAUAUUCUUUUUUUUUUGAUGAACUUGAUUUAGGCAAUCGUUGUAUGCAUAUACAUACUACACGAAGAUAAAGAGACAUAUGUUAUGGAAUCCAUUCAUCAAGAAUAUGAUUCAUGUGAAUGAAUGAGGAUUUUGUCAUGGAGCCAGGUGACUUCAAAGCAAGAGGCAUUCAACUCUAAGGUUCUAUUUCUUUUCCUCUUGAUGAAUAUUAUGUUCAUCAUAAAAAGAAUAUAUAAGGGAACAAGUCAACAACCUGCUAUUUAUGCGAAAAUGUAAACAUAUGCAAUUCUAGAUACUUAAAAAGGCAGUCAUUCACUUUUUGGAUAUCAUACUUAGAUGUUCAUUUCAAACAAACCAUCAUACUUGCAAAAAUACGAGAAUAUAACAGUUUGUCAGAAAGAACAAUUUUGAACAAAAGCCAUCGAAUAUGAUGGUUGUUUUGCAUUUACAUUUUCACAAUAUGUCCAAAUUCACUCAUUCUCGCAUUUACAUCAACACAUUCUCUUCUGGGUUAUCCCAAGAAAAUGCAAAUUUUCUUUUCAGGAAGGAUUCCAAUCCACACUUACCAAUUUACCUUUUGGCAAUUAUUACAAAAUAUAUCGGGUUGAUUCUUUUGGUACUUGUAGGUAUUUGAUUAGUUAAAAGCUUUUUUAAGCUAUGCCUAUGUAUCAAGUGAAUCUUUGCAUUUAUUUCUUAGCAUUUUCACAAGAAUGGGUAGUUUGCUAUAUAAGGCCAAUUACAAAAAUUCAAAAAGUCAGUCAAUAGUGCCAAAUUAUAAUGAUUGAGCGUUACCUAACUUCACCAUGAUAGCUUCGUUCCAAGUUAAGUAGCAGAUGGAGCUAACGGCAUCCAAACCAACAAGAUUAUGUGUUCAUAAGAACCUGAAAUCAACAUGUGCUUAGCAAGUUAGCACAUUGGAAACUCAAGGCUCCAUCAUAUAUAUCAUCUAAACAACCUUAAAUGCAUAAGAUCCAGUCCUCCAAAUCUAUCUCCCAAGACGUUCAAUCUCCAAAUCGAUCACGACCCAAAUCGAUCCACACACUCUCGAUCUCCAAGGAGAUCCGUUUUGGUUCUUUGACGUCCUGUUUCUUGAUCUUUAGAUGCAAAUUUUCAGAUCAGUUUCCAGUUGCAUCUGCAAAAUUUUCGAAUUCAUGGGGUCAGUGUUCGCCUCUUUCCUUUUCUCUUCUUUGUUUGCAUGUGUAGAUUGAAAAAUUGUAUCAUGUAUCAAAUACUACGAAUGUUCUAUGAGUAACUGAAAUAACAUUUUAUA